UUCCACAUUCUCCCCAUUACUCUCCAUUUCUUACUUCCAUCUCUCUCACAAUCACAAAUGGCCGAAGAAACACAACCAAAAUGGGAAGGAAUGGCCACGGCGGAGCUCAAAGGCACAACAGCAGAGCAGAUAUGGCCUUUCCUGGAGGAAUUCUGCAACUUAGACAAGUUCUUUCCCGACAUGGAUACAUGUUACCGAGUAGAGGGAACUCCAGGGCAGCCUGGGCUGGUCCGUUAUUGUGCAGGCAAGCUUGGAUGGGCCAAAGAGAGGCUUUUAACCAUUGAUCCGACCAACCGCUGCCUAAGCUACGAGGUCCUUGAAGAUAGUUUUGGGUUCAAGAACUACGUAGCCACUGUUAAAGUCUUGCCGAUGGAGGGUGAUGGUGAACCUGUAGGGUGCAAGAUCGAGUGGUCGUUUAUAGCUGAUCCGAUUGAAGGGUGGAGAUUGGAAGAUUUAGGUUCUUAUCUUGAUAAUUGUCUGCAAUUCAUGGCAAACAAAUUGGAGGAUGCUAUCAAGGCUCAAAUCUUGAAGUCAAGCUCGGAAUGAUAUUUUCCAUUUUAUGUGUGGCAAAAUUGAUGGAUUUAAUGCUCUUCGACUAACCCAAAGUCAAUGCGAUUCUGACAACUGACCAGAAACUUUUGUAUUGGAGAUGCUGAGUCAAAUGUUUGUGUAUAUGGUUUAUAUUAAAAUAUGUUACAGCAUCUAUGAUUGUCAGCAAAUAAGAUGGGAUAGCUAACUGGAAUUGUCAGGGUUCGAGGUCCCUCCUGGUUCGCACUCUUUCAUUGUCAUCUAAGCAACUCAUUCCUCGGUUCGACUUCUUACAUUGCACUAAUAUGUUUGGUGGUGUUAUAAUAAGUUUAAGCUUAAAUCUUUCAUGUCUUCUGAUCUUCGUUAUAUAUGGAAAAGAACAAAAAGAAAAGAAAGUUGUUUGUUUUAAGCGUGAAAGUCUUUUGGGUACUCUAAAAAUUUCUAUUUUGAUCUACAAGCUAACAACUUUUUUUACGGACAAAGCAGAUUCUUGUCAUAUGCUAGUAAUUACAAAAGCAGUGAGAGUGAUAUAGAAGAAAUCCGUCUUACCUCAAAGGUGUAUUAAGAUAUUAUCCCAUUGAUCUUCCAUCUUUCUCAAGAGUCAAGACAAUAUUGUGAGAGAAACUAGAGAUAUUUGGUCAUAUGUACAAAUACAAUGCAAUUUGGAUGCAUCACUUUCUGACAAUUAUGAACAAAAAAAAAGAAGAUAAUAGAGCUGGCUCACAUGAAAUGUAUAAUUGAUUCUGUCAGCUGUAGAACGUAAGAG